CCAUCAUUCACAUCAACAACAACAACAACAACACAAUGGCCAGCCAUGCAGCUCAAAACCCUAAAUCUGUUUUCCUUAUGACCUUCCUCUUGCUAAUCACCAGCGCCAAAUCAGACUCAUUUUCUUUCAACCUACCCAGAUUUGAGCCAGAUGCUUUAAACAUACUACUCGAUGGUAGUGCCAAGACAACAGGUGGAGUGCUACAACUCACCAAAAAGGACAAAAGAGGAAACCCUACACAACACAGCGUUGGCCUCUCAGCAUUCUAUGCAGCACUUCAUCUCUCCGACGCAAAAACUGGGAGAGUCGCAAACUUCGCCACCGAGUUCUCCUUCGUCGUGAACACAAAGGGUGCACCACUCCACGGCGACGGCUUCACCUUCUACCUUGCAUCACUCGACUUUGAUUUCCCAGACAACUCAAGUGGUGGCUUCCUCGGACUCUUCAACAAAAAAACAGCCUUUAACACUUCCCUAAACCAAGUUGUUGCUGUUGAGUUUGACAGCUUUGCAAAUGAAUGGGACCCUAAUUUCCCAGAGUCUGAUUCUCCUCACAUUGGAAUUGACAUCAAUUCCAUUAGGUCUGUGGCAACUGCGCCAUGGCCACUUGAUAUUCAACCACAAGGGUCAAUAGGAAAGGCACGGAUAAGCUACCAAUCUUCCUCCAAAAUAUUGAGUGUCUCAGUGGCUUAUCCAAAUAGUCCUGUGAAACUGAAUGCCACUGUUUUAUCGUAUCCCGUUAACUUAGGGGCUGUUCUGCCCGAACGGGUCCUAUUCGGUUUCAGUGCUGCCACCGGUGACUUGGUUGAAACACAUGAUAUUCUUUCAUGGUCUUUCAAUUCCUUCUUGUAGAUAAACACAACAGCUGGGAGAAGAGAAGAGAAUAAAAUGCAUAUUGAGAGAAUGGUCGAUGGUCUUUUAUGGUUUAAUGGAUAUGUUGUUAGUCGUUACUGUUUGUGAGGUUUCUGUUUCGGGUUUCCUUAAUAAUGAUUGGUUCAAAAUUAUGAAUAAUAUUUAUUUGCAUGGGCGCUAGUAAUGUCAAUACUUCCCUUCCCUUCAUGUUACAUCAAA